AUCUUGCAAUGCAAGCCGUGCCGAUGACGGAGGUGGGAGCGAUAGGCGAGAGGUAGGACGAAGCUCCCAGGCUUCCAACUAAGCUGAAUCAACAAGUUAAGUAGGCUACCCUGCCACUGUCAGCCUGAGCCUUGCUCCUUUUCCCAGAUCCCCCUCAAUUGGAUCAGACCUUCCUAUAUUCACUAUCAGCAAGCAUUUCACCGUCAAACUCUCCAUAAUGACCAUCUCCCACUACGGCGUCUGGAUCGGCCAGCCCACCCGCUACGAGGCUCAGACCGACGCCGAGGAUCCCAAGUCCCCUCACAUCUACCUCUAUUUCAAGGAUGACACUUCCUCCCGCAAGCAGCUUGAGGCCGCCAUCAACGUCAAGUCCACCGAUACGGAUAGUCGCCUCGUCUACUGGUUCGACCGCAACUUCACCCACACCAUCACCGAACAGCUUGGCAGCCUGGACCAGGGCUUCCACCUUCUCACCAGCUCCGUGCACAGCCAGUCGCGCCGGCGUCGCGAGGCUUCAACCAGCAUCCAGGGGCUGGACUUUGUCCGCACCAAGGGGCUGGUGGACAUUGAUGCUGGCACGGUUCUCGGGGCGGACGGCGAUCAAGACAUCCUCGACCAGGUAGAACCCAUCCUGACGGAUGCGAUCGACCAGAAGGCGACCAUCUACAUCUUCGGCUCCUCGUAUGGCUCGGGGAUCCACGAUAUCCACAUGAACCAGGGCAGCGAGGGCUACACCAACGGGAUCUAUGAAGACGGGGCCCUGUUGUUCCGGUUCGAUGAUGGGCAUUGGGAGGCGAUCUUCUUGGCCUUUGCGUCCCAGAAGAUCCCCACAGAUGACAAGGGUGAGCCUGAGAGCGAUAGCCAGUCGUUGGCUACGAUUCUGGGUCAGUAGGCGCGGGGCUGGUUUCGGGGUGAGGGGCAAUGAGGUGUUACGUGUGUCACAUCACAGAUUGAUUUAAUAGGUUGAUCGUGCGCUUCGAAGAUAGCAUCAGUUUCAAUAUAAUCCAAUUUCAAGGCAAG